ACUUGAGAGUUUAGAGUCGAUAAGAAGACCCACUCCCCCAUCCCCACUCCCACCUACACGCUCACGCGCUGUGGAGGAGCGUUGGGGUCACGAUGUCAUGGUUUGCCAAGUCCCUCGUGAACUCUCUCAUCUCCGCCGCUGCUCAUGGCGACGAGGAGGAGGAGGAGGAGGAGGAAGAGGAGGAGGCCGAGGCACCACCGACCGAUCCCCACCACCGCCAUGACGAGCGAUCACCACCACCACACCCACAUGGAGGAGGAGAAGGAGGCGAGGGAAGUAGAGAGGACGACGAUGAAGAAGCACCGGAUACCCCCUCCCGUGGCGUCAAGGACGACCUCUCCGAGCUCACCGUAACCCUAGCCCGCCAAUUCUGGGGCGUCGCCUCCUUCCUCGCCCCCCCUCCAUCUCCUCCUUCCCAUCCGAACCCUAAUCCCUCGCCGGAGCCUGCGGCGGCGGCGGCGGAGUCGGAGGUGGUGGCGGCGGAGUCCCCGAGAUUGGCAGGGAUACGGAGCGACUUCGCGGAGAUCGGCGGGAAGUUCCGGAGCGGGAUCUCGAUGCUGUCGAACGCCAAGGCCGUGUCGGAGAUCUCGAAGAUCGCGUCGUCGAUUAUACAAUUCGGAUCGCAGGAGGAGGAAGAGGAAGGGGAUGGGGACGAUUAUGAAGGGGAGGAGCUGGGGGAAGUGGAGAAGAUCAAGUUGCGAGGUGUGGGGGUAACCGAGGAGGUUCUGGUCUUUGCUAGAAACAUCUCGAUGCAUCCAGAGACGUGGAUCGAUUUCCCGGCGUUUGGGGACGAUGAGGAUUCUAAUGGUAUGCCUUCGAUCCUGAUAAUUUUUUGGAUUUGUGAUGUUGUUCAUGUAAUUCUUGCUCGAGUGUUUAAUUCAGGUUCUUAAUUUCCAAUAGAUUAC